AUGUCAGCCUCAAUUCUCCCUGCUCACGAUAGAAAAUCGUACUUGUAUCGUCAUGCUACUCUCGAUUCAAUACUUGACGAAGAAGAUGAAGGUAAUCUAGAUGAAACAACGUUGCCUCAAGUCACUUCAACAGCAGAUAUAUCUUCAUCGCUUCGACCAUGGUCGAAUUUACCAAUCAAUACAAUAAAAACUCCACAAAAACGAUUUCGAUCUCAGAUGUACAAAUAUAUUCAACUGGAAGAAUCACUUCAAUCAGCUAAUCUUCUCAACACAAACGAAGAACGUCAACAAUUCCAACAAGAUUAUCAACAAUCCAUACGAGAACGCAAAUUCGAUAAAUUUUUGCAAACGUACUAUCACAAAUUGCGCACACAUAAACAAACACUCGAUCGUGAACGCGCGAUGAAAAAAUCGCGUACAUUUACUUUCGCUAACUUAGACAAGAAUUUCAUCGCAUCGGAUCCUACGCGUGACAUCAAAAUCGUCUUUGUGAACAAUCCAAGAACUCUCUUACGAAUGGAUAUGACGAAUGCUCGUUCAACAAACUUCAAUCAGCAAAAUACCGAAGAAAUAGCUGUUGAAACAUUUUACGAAAAUCUCUCUCGCAGAUUUCUAAAUAAUCCCUCUCGUGCUCGAGAUGAAAUUACUUUAUUCGCUCGUCAAACGAGCGAACGUCUUCACGAAACGAUACCUUAUCUGUCGCAAGUUCCCUACCGCGUUCGACUUGUUGACGAACGUGAUAAAGAACAUCCACUGGACGAACGAACCAUAUUGCAAAUGAAACAUCAAAGGAAUCUGUCUGUCAUUGAAAAACGUCGACAGAAAAUUAUGAAGAUGAUUACGCAAACAAGGAACCAUCAGGUUCGAAUGAAACAGAUCGAUAAACGCACACCUUUAUCCAUCGAUAAUUCGAUCUAUUGUCAAGAACUACUCGAAAGAGUUCAGGAAAUCGAACAAAGCAUCAAAGAAAAACCUUGUCGAACACAAUCAAUUGCGAAAAAAACAAAUUCGAUCUAUUCAUCGCCUCUGUCGCCAGCUGACACCGAGAGGUCAUCAUCGUCGUUAUUAUUCGUACGACGAUCACCUCGUUUUCAAGAAAACGCACUUUCAAUGUAUCAUAUUGAAAACGCCGAUAAUAUUCGUAUCAUUGAGUCAACGCGACCGUUGACAACUCCAGGAAAAAAACUACAAUGGAUGAAUUACACUUGA